CCCCUCAGAUGUGGCCCUUGCUCCAUCCACCACGUGGACGAAACCCUUCAAACCAUUUCCACUUACCAUUUUCUGUGGCUCUCCUCUCUUCCCACCACACCACACCUCUCACCCUGCAAAUCCCCCUCCAAUAUUUUUAAAUAAGAAACAACUAAAUUUCGAAGCAGUGGUUGGUUAUUCAGUUAUUUGAUCCCAACACGCAAUAAUUUUAUCAAGAAAUGCCUUUAAUUCUUUCCUCAAUUUAGGGUUCCAACUUCCAAGUUCAGCUUCCGUACAUCCAUGGAGUCUAUCUGCACAACCUCCUUCUCCUUAUACACUGUUCCUCACCGCCACUCGAAGAAACCACGUGCCAACACUAUGCUGCUAACUUCAAUUCCUUGUUCUUGCUCUCCUUCGCCGUCGUUUCAAUCGUUGCCGAUUCGUCGAAGAAGUGCGAAGAAGCUAUUAAGAACGAGAAUUUCGUGUUCUGCAACAACAGGAAGUGCCGCAUCAAACGGCGCCGUUUUGAGCAGUGUGAAGGAUGUGUUACAAUUGAGAAAACCGUCGAACAGCGCGCUGGAGCAGCUUGACAUCGAGCGUGGCGUUUGCAUCCCUUUCCGCAAGUACUCUCCCGAGACAGUGAGGAAUAAGGUACUAGAAUCAAGAGGGGCUAUAUUGUCGCUUAUGUUAAGGGGAGUUGAGAUAGUUUGGAGUCUGGGCUUCUACUGGUCUACCUUGGCGUAUGAUUUCCUGGUUGGAAGGGAUGAAGAGGUUGUUCCGUAUCGUGCACGACAGCUUAGGAACCUGUUGUGCAAUCUGGGACCUUCUUUUAUUAAAGCUGGUCAGGUGAUAUCAUUAGAGAAGAUUAUAUGAAUGAACUUUGCAUUCUUCAAGAUGAUGUUCCUCCCUUUCCCAACCAAACUGCCUUCAAUAUCAUAGAGGAGGAACUUGGUCAGCCCCUUGAAGCCGUUUUCAGCAGAAUCUCAUCAGGGACAAUAGCAGCUGCUAGUUUGGGUCAAGUUUAUAGGGCUACUUUGCGUUCCACUGGCGAGGAUGUUGCUAUCAAGGUUCAAAGGCCUGGGAUAGAGCCCAUAAUAUAUCGGGAUCUUUUCCUUUUUCGUACCUUGGCUUCAUUCUUAAAUGGCAUUAGCAUACAAAAGUUGGGUUGCAAUGCAGAGCUGAUUGUUGACGAAUUUGGUGAAAAACUUUUGGAAGAGCUUGAUUAUACCCUGGAAGCCCGUAAUCUUGAAGACUUUAUUGAGAAUUUCAAGGAUGAUCCUACAGUUAAAAUUCCUCGGGUUUACAAACAACUUUCUGGUCCACGUGUUUUAGUGAUGGAAUGGAUUGAUGGUAUUAGGUGCACCAAUCCACAGGCCAUCAAAGAUGCUGGUAUUGAUAUAGAUGGCUUUCUUACAAUUGGCGUGAGUGCUGCUUUGCGACAAUUGUUGGAAUUUGGAUUAUUUCAUGGAGACCCUCACCCUGGAAAUAUUUUUGCCAUGCGUGAUGGACGAAUUGCAUAUGUGGACUUUGGCAAUGUUGCCGUUCUUAGUCAGCAAAAUAAACAAAUUUUGAUUGAUGCUGUUGUCCACGCCGUAAAUGAGGACUAUGCUGAGAUGGCUAAUGAUUUUACCAGAUUAGGCUUCCUGUCACCAGGGACUGAUGUCACUCCAAUAAUUCCUGCUUUGGAAGCAAUUUGGCAGAACUCUCUUGGAAAAGGACUGUCAGAUUUCAAUUUUCGUAGUGUCACUGGAAAGUUUAACCAAUUGGUUUACAACUAUCCCAUCCGCAUUCCCGAAAGGUUUUCACUCGUAAUUCGUUCUUUACUGACUCAAGAAGGCAUAUGUUUCACUUUGAAGCCUGACUUCAAAUUUCUUGAGGUUGCCUAUCCAUAUGUAGCAAAGCGACUUUUGACAGACCCAAAUCCAGCUCUUCGUGAACGUCUUAUACAGGUUCUCUUCAAAGACGGUCUUUUCCAGUGGAAACGGCUUGAAAACCUUAUUAUCCUUGCAAAGGAAAAUGUAGCCAAGAUGAGCAGCAAUCCAGCAGUGCAAGUUAAACGCAUGCAAACUCAGAGAGACUUGAAAUUUGAAAGAAAACUGGACCUCACAGACACCAUCAAAGAUGGAGCACGCCUUUUCAUUGUUGACGAAGGAAUACGAAGACAGCUUCUUCUUGCUUUGACUGAGGACUCAAAGCUUCAUGUUGAAGAGCUUGUCGAUGUGUAUAGAUUGGUUGAAGAUCAGAUAGACUUACCCUCAGUGGCAGUAGAAGUAGCUCGAGAUUUCCCAACUGUUGUCAGGGAUCUUCUACUUUCUUGGAGUGACUCAGUGUUAUCCGAUAGAUAGCUGAAUCUCAGGGACUAUAUUUGUUUCAGAAGAUGAGUAUACGAUCCUAUAAUAUUCCUCUCUUUUUGUAGCUGUAAGGAUUAUCCUUUGAAAAUUUAAAUAAAAUUAUCACACUUGUAACUAUAGGAAAGAAAUAUUACAUAUGUAUAGAAACAUUAUUUUACUCAGUAAAUAAAUAUCAAGGUUUCAUGGGGAAAAAGUCCAAAAAUGUCAUAAUCUC